AGCGUCGCAAAUCAAUUAGUCCGAAGUUGGGACAAGGCCUGAAGUAGAGCCUCACACGAGGACACGCCGCUCCCCACUCAGUGCGGGGUAGGUAGAAAGACGACGAUGAUGAAGCACGCUUUAUCUGCCUACCAUUGCGGAGGUCCCUGAUGCUGGCAUCUCGGUGUCGCGCGAAGCACUGGGCCCUUCGCAACGCAGACCGCACGUCCUGCAGAAAAUGCCUUGGCCGUGCCGAACAGUGCAGCCUUGCUUCCUGCUCACACUGUAUCAAAUGCAAAUAUGUCUGGGUCUGGAAAGUUGGAACUUGUAAUGCUGGUCUUGCAUUCCUGUGAAAUCUGUGUUGCAUGCAUAACCAACAAAAGUGGCAGCCUCGCACGCGGUUACACUAAAACGCAAUUUCUCAUGCGGAGUUCGUAUGAUAAAGCGUUGUGCAGACUUGUCAUGCUUUCCUGCAUGAGGAAGUGCUUUCAUCAUGCACAUUUUAGCAUCACAAAUUUGCAGUCCCAGACAUAUUUGCAUUUGAUACGCUACUCGUGCUGACGAUAUGGACGAGUGUCAAGAUAUGGAUUGCAAAAAUGUCUGGGUCUGGAAGAAUGCAGGAGUUUGUCAUGCAGGCUUUGGAUGACCCAUGAGGUCUGUGAUGCAUGCGCUAGCAUCAGAGAUUUUGCGAGGGCUUUCUGUUUCUGAUGCUCAUACCGCAUGAGAAAUGCCUUUCCGCGUGGCACGAAUUACACCUCUUUUGCUGUUCAUGCACAAAUACAGAUUUUAUGUAGAGUCCAAAGGUAGCAUCACAAGUUGCAUCCUUCCAGACCCAGACACUUUUACAUUUGAUACAAGAACCGCCACUAUUAUUUCAUCCACGGUGGGUCCGGCUCGGCGUCGGGUGGGUCCUGCACGACUGCGUUGCAUAUCAAAAGGAAAAAUCCCCCCUCCCCAUAUCGAAAAAGGAAAUUUGUGAUGCUGAUUUGUGGUCACAAAUACCCUCUGUCUUGCCUAUAGGGUAAUGGGAGCAAUGUGGCGCAUUCCACAGCCAGUCUGUCAUGCGCUUUUGACUACUGCAAACCUGUUUGUCAUGCCCAAUUGCUAACCUUCUGCACAUUCAAACAGGCUUAGAAAAUGCCGCCAAGCACUUUCUGCAAGACAGAUCUGAUUUGUGUACGCACAUCCAGCAUCAGAAACUUCCUUUUGAUAUGGGGAGGGGGGAUUUUUCCUUACGAUAUUGCAAGUUGUGCAACUAGUACAUCAACCCGCUCCUGCUCUACCAUAUCCUGUGCAAAAGUAUCGUACUCGUAGUAAUCGCACACAUGCAUUACAAAUCUUGCUCUUCAGGUGAAUCCGCAUUACAAAUUUCAUUUCUCAUGCUGAGGAAAUUUGUAAUCCAUUUAUGCGAGUGCGAUACUUUUGCAAUGCAUAUACCACCCGAUCCUGGUGCUCUACCACCGGAGAAGAAGAAGGGAGACUACAGCGCCGGGGCCCCCGCGGAGACUAGUGCAAAAGUUCUACAUGAUCUUGAACCAGGACAACUACAAGAGCUUGCUCCGGUAAAUCUUCACGACGACGGCGCGGCAAAAAUAAAGGGAGUGCAACUAGAUCAACAUGUGUUCAAGAAGGAGUAUGGUUGGCGCUUGGACCGAAUCCUUUCUCUUGCUGAUGCCGGGAGAAAUUCAACCGAGGUAUCUAAGGUUAAAAUCCCCCCUCCCCAUAUCGAAACGAAGUUUCUGAUGCUGGAUUUGCGUACACAAAUGACGUCUGUCUUGCAAUAUAGGACUGCAGCCAGAUCAGAUCCUCAGCCUGCUUCGGAGUGUAAGAGUCUAGCUGUUUCGCAUGAGAGACGCCUGCCCUGUAGGCCCAACAGCAUGAGAAACCGCAUCCACAAUGCAGCGCACAGAACGGCGCUUGCCUUCUUGCAAGACAGAGCUGAUUUGUCGUGACCACAAAUCUGCGUCACAAAUUUCCAGAGUGAUGCCUUUUUGAUAUGGGGAGGGGGGAUUUUUCCUCUCAGUGCGAGGUCGUCUUUCACCUGCAGCAGUUGGUGUGCCACGACUUUGCAGCCAGCCCCCUCCCCCCGCUGGGACUGAAGUCCAACGACUACACUGGUUCUUUGACAGUAGAACCCGCCCAUAGUACACCCUCAUCCAAGAAGGAGGAUGCUUUUACAACAACAAGGCCCAGCACUUCUCCCGGCGGCGCGUCUUCUUCUUCAGGCAGUAAAGCAGGGGAGACCACAUCUUCAAGAGUAGAUAUUAUAAAAAAAGAACAUCAAGAUUGCCCUCAGCUUUUCGACGGUCCCUUAUCAGCUGCAAAUAUGUCUGGGUCUGGGAGACUGCGAGAUUUGUCAUGCGACUGCGAGUCCGGCAUGACUCUGAACUCUGGAUUGCGUGGCCGCAAAGAGCUCCUCUCAAAGAACGCAGUUUCUCGUGCGGAGCACGCAACUCAGAACCAUGGAAAAACUUGUCAUGCUGCGCAGCGCAGUACAGUGCGCGCACUAUGCCGUUUCUUGCAUCACAAGUUCCCAGACAUCCAGGGAUAUUUGCAAUGCAUAUCCCUGCCAUGUUUGCAAAAUGAACCAAAACUUCUUCUACUAUCCAGGAAAAAAAGUGUGUUAGUGUAACUUUCUUGGAGGAACAGCAUCACAAAUUUGUUCUGCAUGACAGAGAAAACCUCUCAUGCGUGGUUUGUAAGGGAAAACACAAGUGAAAAGAGGACUGCGUGCUUGUCUGGCAUGACAGGUGUAACUCUGUUGCAUGUUCUGCAUGACAGAGUUACACUUACACACUUUUUUUCUUUCAUAUCUACCCGCAGAAGAUCACAACCGGAUAUCCUGAGUAAAAACGUACCCACACCAGAGUUGUCAUGCUACUCUGCAUGCUUAAAAUGUUUCUCAUGCGGAGCCCCAUGAGAAGCAUUUUCUAAUGCGGUUUGGAAAUCUGUAAUGCGCCAAUCAGCAUGAGAUACUAGAUCUGUAAUGCUGCUUAGCUAGCUCAAACAGCACUACACUACGCGUCCAAAUUUGUCAUGCGAAACAGCCAAAGCUUAUGGAUUUGUGUAGCGGAUUUCCCAUCUUGUUUCUGGUGUGGGUACGUUUUUACUCAGGAUACCGGAAAUGAGAACAUCAUGGAAAUAAAGAAAGAAGUAGAAGCUGCAGCAGGAGAAGUCCCUGGAGCAGGUGUUCCUUCUCUACUGGACGCGUACAUAUCCCACGAAAAAAGUGUUCUUACAGUUACACAUUUGUAGUGAAUUCAGCAACACAAAUUUCUCUGCAUGAGAGAGAAAACUUGCAAUGCAGAAAUCCUACGGGAAUAAAACACCUAUGAAACGAGGCUCCCAUGCAUAUUCAUCCGGCAUGACAACGCUCGUCUGUCUUGCUUGGGGUGCAGCAACACAAUGUGUAACUGUAACGCUUUUUUCUUGCGAUAGUACAGAUCAUUUCACCAACAGAGCCUGCGAGGAGUCCGGCUUUCUAAUUCUCCUCCGCGCCGAGCGGCCCAGUAUCGCAAGGAAAAAUCCCCCCUCCCCAUAUUGAAGAGGUAGGUUUUCGAAAAUUUGUGUUGCUGAUUUGAGGUCACAAAUCAUGUUUGUGCUGCAAGAAGACAAGGGCAGCAGCUUCCGUCCCAUUAUGGAGCCGGUUUGUCAUGCUGUUGAGCCAACAUCACGGACGCUUUUCAUGCUAAGCGCCUAAGUCAAAGCCUCUCCACUCAGGCUUGAUAUGGGUCUGCAGUCCUCUCCAGCAAGACAAAUGCGAUUUGUGUACUCAAAUAGAUACUGCAUCACAAAUUUCGUUUUCGAUAUGGGGAGGGGGGAUUUUUCUUUUUGAUACCCAGGAGCAACUCCUUAACAAGCCUCGUCCCGGCGGGACCACGGCAGGAACUUCUACAACAGCGCCGAGACUACACAGCAUAAGAAUAGUUGCAUGGCGGUAUUGAAAGGAAAAAUCCCCCCUCCCCAUAUUGAAAAGGUAUGACUUCGAAAAUUUGUAUUGCUGAUUUGAGGUCACAAAUCAUAUUUAUCUUGCAAGAAGACAAGGGCAGGAGCUUGCGCCCCAUUAUGGAGGCGAUUUGUCAUGCUGCUGGGCCUAAAGGGGAGCCGUUUGCCAUGCUGAGCAACUAGACACAUGCGCCCCUUUCUAGCCUGGAGAUGGAUCUGCCGGCAAUGCCACUCUGCAAUACAAGGCUGAUUUGUGUACGCAGAUCCAGCAUCAGAAGCUUCCUUUUGAUAUGGGGAGGGGGGAUUUUUCCUUUUGAUAGGCGGCAUCGCAACGGAUUUGGCGGCGCUGGGGACCUAUCAAAUGCAAAUAUCCCUGGAUGUCUGGAAGAGUGUAGACUUGUCAUGCAGCCUUUCCAUGUUGACCCCUGAGGUCUGGAAUUAUGCGGGACCUAGCAUGACAGAGUCUACUGUGAGGUCUCUGUCAUGCCUAUUUUACAUGGGAAACUCCCUGUCACCUUGGCCAAAAGUAGAAGAGCCUUCGGCACUCAUGCAACACAGAUUCUUGCGUGAUGCGGAUUUAGCAUGACAACUUGCAUCCUUCCAGCCCCAGACCUAUUUGCAAUGCAUAGGACCAGAUGGGCGGGCUGUUCAACGCCUUCGCCAGCGCCCUGGUCCUGUAUUACCGUGAAAAAUGCCCCCACUCCCAAGGUUGCAAAAAUUUGUGAUGUGAAGUUUCCAAAUGAAAACUUUUUGUCAUGCAUGCGCAUGCAUGAAAGGAGUACGAAUCUUUCUGAUGCAGAGUCAGACGUGUGUCGCAUCGCUUGCAACUGCACAGCUUGCAUGACAAGGGCCGCUCUUGCUGGGAUCUUUUGCAGUACAGAUUUUUGCUAUUUAAGAUUGGAAUUCUGUGAUGCUGAUAGAUGCAAGAGGGCGAAUGUUUCACUUGGAAAGGUCUGCAAUACAAAUGCUCCCAAGUUGGUUCGGGGGUGGGGGCAUUUUUCAUUGUAAUAUCCUGAAAGCGCUGUUCUUCGUGGUUCCGGCCCCAGGCGGAGGGGACGAAGACACCAGCGUCCUGGCGAAAGUAUCAAAUGUAAAAAUGUCUGGGUCUGGAAGAUUCUAAACUUGUAAUGCUGUCUCUGGAUUCUAGAAAAAUUUGUAUUGCAUGACCAGCAAAAUAAGGACUCCAGUGUGUGCUACGUGGAGAGAGCAUUAUUUCUCAUGUGCUAGAGGCAUCACAAAGUCCUCUAACAAUCUGUGAUGCUACGGCAUGCAUCACAGACAUCAUGGGUCAUUCAAAAUAUGCAUGACAAACCUGGCAAACUUCCAGCCCCAGACAUUUUUGCAUUCGAUAGAAAGCGCUCCAAGACCACCAGCACAUGGUUUCACCCACGAACGUAUCAAAUGUAAAAAUGUCUGGGUCUGGAAGAGUCAUGCUGUUUUUGCAUGACACAGAAGGUCUGGCAUGGAAGCUCUAGCAUCACAGGUUUUGAGAACCUUCCGCAAUGCCGAAUCCGCAUGACAAGUCCCCUAUUUUGGUGGCAAAAAGUGGGAGCUUUUGCUACGUAUGCAUGAGAGACUUUUCUGUGUUCUGAAAUACGCAUUACAAGUUGCAUUCUUCCAAACCCAGACAUUUUUACAUUUGAUAGAACGAAAACGGCAAGAAUAAUAUUGGCUUCUUGCUUCCGAGUAUCGUACGAAAAAAGUGUUUCACUGUGAUGACUUUGCAAGAUCUGCAUCACAAGUUUGCUACACAUGACUGAAAAUUUGUGAUGCGCGCUUCCCAAGGGAAAACACGCUUGCAAAUCCAAUGCCUUGCUGGUGUAGCAAGCCAGAGAGUUCUGUGUUCCAUUUUCUGCAUCACAAGUUCACAGUGAAACAGUUUUUUCUCACGAUACCGAGCACCGAGAAGCUCCGAGAGGUCGCGCAGCAGCUGAAAUCGAAGCAACAAGUAUCGACCUCCACGCGAAGGAGGAGUCUACAACCACUUUCGUAUGCACUGCAAAUAUGUCUGGGUCUGGAAAGUUGGAACUUGUAAUGCUAGCUUUACAUUCCUGGGAUGAAAUCUGUAUUGCAUAACCGACAAAUAAAGCCGCACCCAUUUUUGUCAUGCAAAAACGCAGUUUCUCGUGUGGGCUGCCUAUGAGAAAGUGCUCCGGAUGAAAGUUGUCAUGCUGGUCUGCAUUCGGAAGUGUUUCCAUCAUGCACAUUUUAGCAUCACAAGUUUCCAGACCCAGCUAUAUUUGCAAUCCAUAUUUCUGGGGCCACUACAACAAAUCCAGUUCCUAAGGUCGUCGAGAAAGUUACCGUGAGGAAAAAUCCCUCCUCCCAAUAGUGAAAACGUAUGUUCCUAAAAAUUUGUGAUGCUGAUUUGUGAGCACAAAUCCUGUCUCUCUUGCAAGAAGGCAAGUCCAAAGAAUUCGCCGCCUUAUGGAUGCGAUUUGUAAUGCUGUUUCACUUACAUGGAGAGCCUCCGUCAUGCUAAGUGCCUACAACAAAACACCCCUACGCAGGCUGAGGCUUUGCCUGUAGUGCCUCACUGCAAGACACGGCUGAUUUGUGUACACAAAUUCAGCAACAGAAAUUCCCGCUUCAAUAUGGGGAGGGGAGAUUUUUCACUUUGAUAAAUGUAAUCCGCAAGGUCGACGCACGCCUGACCACGGGACACAUUUUGGACGCAUUCCGAGCCGGUGCCGAAUUGGUCUAUGAACUGCAAAUAAGUCUGGGUCUGGAAGAGUCGGAGCUUGUCAUGCACAUUUUGCAUGAGCCAUGAUGUCUGUGAUGCACGCCCUAGCAUCACAGAAUUUUUGAGGGCAUCUUGAUGCCUACUCAGCAUGACAAAUGCCCUCUCCACGUAGCAAAAAUCGCAUUCCCUUUGCUGCUCAUGCAAUACAGAUUUUUUUGGAAUCCAAAUGCAGCAUCACAAGUUGCAUUCUUCCAGACCCAGACGCGUUUGCAAUCCAUAUGGUCCUGGUGGAGACCAACUCAAAGAUGGUCCCACUGUACUCGACCUGCUUUCCGCGCUGCGCUUUAUUACACUGAAAAAUGCCCCCACUCCCGAAGUUGCAAUAGUUUGUGAUGCAUAAGGUUUUCAAAUGAAGAACUUUUUGUCAUGCAUGCGUGAAAGGCGUAUGAACCUUUCUGCUGCAAAAUCCAGGCGUAUGUAGCAUCGCUGGCAUUACAGGCGCCACUGUUUCUGGGAUCUUUUGCAUAUACAAAUUUCUGCUAUUCACGACUGAAGAUCUGUGAUGCUGAUAGAUGCAAGAGGGCGAGUGUUUCAUUUGGAUCGGUUUGCAAUGCAAAUGCUCCAAGUCCUGGGGUCGUGGGGGCAUUUUUUAUUGCCAUACGCCUUCGACUUUCUUUUUGCACCCACGCCGGGUCUAGCAGACAGGGUCAAACAGGCCCGCGCGUUGCUUCUUCAACACGCCGGAGUCGUGUCAGACCAGGGACCCAGCGGCGGCCCAGGAAAGAACAAGAACAUGACGCACGAGCUGCACAAGGACCCCGUCCUCGCGACGUCGUCGACUACUUCACUAGACAACAAGAAGGACCACGACGACCACGACCUGGUCGCGCCUCCCGCCGGCCGCCUGGUCGUGCCGCCCCGGCCCCCUAUGAAAUGAAAAUAUGUCUGGGUCUGGAAGAUUCCCAGGUUUGUCAUGCAUGUUUUGCAUGUCCCAUGACGCCUGUGAUGCAUGACCUAGCAUCGCAGAUUUUUAGGGGGCUUACUUAUGCCUAAUCCGCAUGAGAAAUGCCCUCUCCGUGUAGCAGAAACUGGGCUCCUCUUGCUAGUGACGCAAUACAGAUUUUUUUAGGAUCCAAGAACAGCAUGACAAGUUGCAACCUUCCAGACCCAGACAUUUUUGCAUUUGAUACUCCCGCGGCCUCGGGCGCCAUCAAUCUGCAUGCACUUGCGGUUCGGCCGCUUCUUUUCGGAGGGGCUGGCUUUCAAGUCCACCGGCACCGGGGCCUUGCAGCGAUCGCCGGGUGCGUGGAAGAUCUUCCAAGAACAGAUGGCCAACGUUAUCAAAUGCAAAUAUGUCUGGGUCUGGAAGAAUGCGAGGUUUGUCAUGCGCGGCUAGCAUGGCCUUCCAGUCUGUCAUGCUCCCCACCCAAAAGCCACAUUUCUCUGCAAUUAUGCAGAAACGCAGUUUGUCAUGCAGAUAGGCAACUACACUAUAGCAACUCCGAAACUUGUCAUGCUUGGCUGUCAAUGAAGGUGGCGUCCACAUGAUUCGCCAAACAGCAUCACGAGUCCUUUCCAGACCCAGAUGACAUAUUUGCGGUGGAUAAAUGUUCUCAGCUGCGUAGAUCGGAUUGCAAGAGCGAAACUGCACGAAGAUGCGGACGCAAAUACCACGAAAAAUGCUACAUCAAAACUAACGACUGACGGCAGGAAAGAUCCCGUUGCGGUCGCAUCAUCAUCUUCGCAAAAAGCGCAGCUUCUGGUGUUUUCCGACACUCAGGCCGCGAAUGAGCACCUCGCAACAGCCAGCAAAGACACCACAAGGAACCACUUGUUCGAGGUAGUCCGUCUUCCAUUUCCGCCACCACUAACAAAUGCAAAAGUGUCUGGGUCAGGAAGAUUUCGAGAUUUGUCAUGCAUAUUUUCCAUGAGCCAUGAUGUCUGUGAUGCAUGCCGUAGCAUCACAGAUUUUUAGAGGGCCUUGCGAUACCUCUCCCGCAUGAGAAAUGUCCUCUCCGCGUAGCACAAAAUGGAGUCCUCUUGCUGGUCAUGCAAUACAAAUUUUGUUAGAAUCCAGAGGCAGCAUCACAAGUUCCAACCUUCAGCAGACCCAGACAUUUUUGUAUUUGAUAGCCACAGCACGUGGACAAAACGAAGAAAUCCGACAUGCAACAACUGUGGACCGAAAUUUCGCUGCUCGGUACGUGUGAUGUGUAUGCGGGAUGGUAUUCCGGCUUCAGUGAGUUGGCAUGGGCCUUGGCGUACCUAUCAACCGCAAAAAUGUCUGGAUGUCUGGAAAUAAAGUGUAGACUUGUCAUGCAGAUUUUCCAUUACCUUUGAGGUCUGGAAUGCGGGACUUGCCAUGACGGACAUUCUGUGAGAUCCCUAUCAUGCCUAUCCUGUCGAUGAGAAACUCUCUUCCAACCUGGUCAAAAGUGUACAGCUUUUGGCACUCAUGCAACACAGAUUUUUGCAUGCUUCAGAUUUACCAUGACAAGUUCCAAUCUUCCAGACCCAGACACUUUUGCAUUUCAUAGUACCCUUCCCCGCACGAAACCUGGGGGCUCUACAACUGUAAGCGGCAGCAGAUUCGGGGCCUCAUCCUGCGCCGAUAG